ACUCGACUCGACUCACGACUCGGCUACAACUAGCAGAGCUAUCCGGCGUUCAUUCUCUUUGGAUUGUGCCCUCCGUACGGUUAGGAAGCUCGCGGCCUUUGUACCUUCAGUGCGCUCAUCGCCUAGUGUGUGUGUCAGAAAAAAAGAAUCAGAAGCAAUGUCUGGAAAGAAGCCUGAUCCCUAUGGCUUCGCCAAGGAUUUCCUGGCUGGUGGUAUCUCCGCCGCCGUGUCCAAGACUGCCGUGGCCCCGAUUGAGCGCGUCAAGCUGUUGCUGCAGGUACAGGCUGCUUCAAAGCAGAUCGCUGUCGAGAAUCAGUACAAAGGCAUCGUCGAUUGCUUUGUUCGCAUCCCCAAGGAACAGGGCUUCGGAGCUUUCUGGAGAGGUAACCUUGCCAACGUGAUCCGGUACUUCCCGACCCAGGCGCUGAACUUCGCCUUCAAGGAUGUCUACAAACAGGUGUUCUUGGGUGGCGUUGAUAAGAACACACAGUUCUGGCGUUACUUCCUGGGUAACCUGGGAUCGGGUGGUGCCGCUGGUGCCACUUCGCUGUGCUUCGUCUACCCACUCGACUUCGCCCGUACCCGUCUGGGCGCUGAUGUCGGCCGUGGUGGACAGCGUGAGUACAACGGUCUGAUCGACUGCCUGAAGAAGACCGUCAAGUCCGAUGGUAUCAUCGGUCUGUACCGUGGCUUCAACGUAUCCGUUCAGGGUAUCAUUAUCUAUCGUGCUGCCUACUUUGGUUGCUUCGAUACUGCCAAGGGAAUGCUGCCAGACCCGAAGAACACCUCGAUCUUCGUCUCGUGGGGUAUUGCUCAGGUUGUAACGACGGCCUCCGGCAUCAUCUCCUAUCCAUUCGACACCGUCAGAAGACGCAUGAUGAUGCAGUCUGGCCGUGCCAAGGCCGACAUCAUGUACAAGAACACCCUCGACUGCUGGGUCAAGAUCGGCAAGCAGGAAGGUUCCUCGGCCUUCUUCAAGGGCGCCUUCUCCAACGUCCUGCGUGGUACUGGUGGUGCUCUGGUGCUCGUGUUCUACGAUGAGCUGAAGGCUCUGAUGGGUUAGAUAUAAGUUUAGCGAAAACAUUAAAAAAGUUACAAAAAACCAGUAAACUAAACCAGCUAAGGUGGUAAAAAUCAGCA